AUGAGUACUAGUCGCGUUGAGGAACCGUCCAAACCAACCGAGUCGGCCGACCGUAACAUGGUGACAGCUGGUGGCGGUUCGACGCUCAAGAUGGACGACGCGGAUAGCAAAUCCGAAGCGGCUAGCAGUACCAUGGGAGCACUCUUAAAGGAUGAAGAGUCCUACAAGAAAGAGCUCACGAAAAGGAGAGUCCUACGAGGCAGAUUGAGAGGCAAAAUUCAGAAGGUCCAAGCGGCGAUGGAAUGCAUCAUCGUACCAGAGGACCAGGAAACCACUGAAGAGCUGGCGACAUUAGAGAUACAGGAGAGUCUUCUGCACGAUCAACUUCGGAGAGCAGAGAAAGAUAUCGCAGAGUUACAGGAGCUGAGACAAGGAGUGGUGUCCGAAUUGGGGAAGGAAGAGCACCGCUCUAGGGCAUCGCGAUCGGUUUUUUCUUAUGACGCUCGUGAUGGUACUUCUACUUCGGAGGUCUACUUACCUACGGUAUCAGGAAAGGAGAAGUUUCAUCAGUCCGAAGACGAGAUCAAACCAAGAACUGAGAAUGCGGACCACAAGGACAACUGCGGAACGAGAGACUCAAGGACAGUCCCAGAUUCUCAUUUUGAGGUUGUUGAGGGAAUUUUACAAGAAUCUGGGGCUGGUAGCUAUUCAAAGGGCACUGAUGCACGGUUACUGUUCAAAGUACGUGAUGAUAUCCGGAUUCCGGAUGGCAUGUGUGGGAAAACUACUUACCACUCUUCCGUCGGGAGCAGUGAGGGACUGUGCGAAAAGAGCGGCUCAGAGAUCCAAAGAACGGCGAUAAUUGGGAACAUCCGAGAGUCACUAGCAAAGCUCAGCUAUGGGGGUCCUGGUAAAGUAGAUCAGUUCUUGGACUCGGCUGAGACGAUUGUACUUCGGUGUCAUAAGGCGUAUAAGGAUAAGAGUGAGAUGUUCAGGGUGGUCAGAGCGAUAGUGAAUACCUUGCCAAGUGGAGUAGCGGAGAAAGUGAUCUCGGAAGUGAAGAGGGAGGCGAGGUCACAGCGUGGCUCUUACAGAGACGUCAGUGAGGAGGAUUGGGAGACACUUUUACCUUUCUCUCUGGAGGUGGGAGAUGUGAUUACGGACGGUAUCACAGUGGUGGACAUCAUCAGAGAUGUCAGCAGGACCUCUGAGGACACCACCAGGAGAGAGACGGACAAGGUGGCGCUAAUAGCUCAGCCGACGAGUCAGCAGGGGGUUGGGAUGGCGGUAUCACAAGGAUCGGGUAGUGCAACUUCUCCACAUCCCCCAAAGCAGUCACUGGAGUCAUGGGCAAAAGGUUUCAAAGCUUCGUUCGUUGUCACAGUCAAGGAGUGGAACGAACAGGAGAUAAAGAAGACUUUCCAACCAGAUGACUGGAGACCUUUGCGUAGUAGAGGAAAAGGCCAGGGGCAGAAAGUCGGAAAGGUCAAGGGCAAGGCGUUGAUGGCCAAAGUCGCAGGGGAUGACCAACUGAAGCAGAAGUUCAGGAUAAAGGAGGUAGCCAAGGGGAAGGCUUUCCUGCUCUAG